GUCCUUUUGAAUGAAUGCCCGUUACGAUGUCAGAAUGCCGCACGUGAAUCCGAGCGAAAGUUUGAGAAGAAGCACAUGUCACUCACUCGCUUUUAUCACCGUGAGAAUGGCGCGCUUGGAAUUAAUUCAGAGCGCGAAUAGAAGAGACGAUGAUGAUUUUGAUGCCCGUGUUGUGUUGAUCCUCUUUCCCCACCCCCUGCAUCGGCGCAUUUCUUUGACUUUUUCAGCCCAAGAAUGAAAUAACUCGGGCCACCUAGAGUAACAUGACAACCGGGGGGAGGCUGCUGAUACGCAUCUCGUUCCCCCGGUCCCGAUACAUAUGUGUGAGAAGCAGCAACAUACAUAUCUGAAGUGAUACAAAGUGCCAUGCGCUGGUAUCUCGAACUGCCCUGAUCCCGCAGCACCACCUAAAGGGUACCUACAGUGGUACAUGUUGAGAAAGGAAGAAAGAAAUCUCCAUCUCCACCGCAACACCCUAGCAAAGAUGCGUUCAAGACCACCAUCGUUCAUUUCCCUGAGGAAAUCUCAGCGGACAGCCUCGCCUGCACCGCCUGAACCACCUACCGACUUCGAGCAGUUUGCGUCCAUGUCGUAUGAGCGAGCUCAACGAGAAGACGCCGACGCCCCUUCACCCGUCUUGUCGACUGCGUCUCUACCACGCCAGGGUCGGGCAAAAGUCGAUCCUCCACCUCCUCCCAGCGAUCCAGAGGCCGCCAAAGCUCUCCAACAUGUAGAGAAAGAUUCCGAAGAAAACUACAAGCCCAAAACUAUCAAGUUCUGGAUGGUGAUGUUGGGUCUGUACUGUGCUCUUUUCGUGGUGGCCUUGGACCGUACCAUCAUAUCAGUUGCCAUUCCAGAAAUUACGGACACAUUCCACUCCCUAGACGACGUCGGUUGGUACGGAAGCGCUUACAUGAUCACGGGAGCGUCAUUCAGUUUGGUGUUUGGCAAGAUCUACAAACACUAUUCCAUCAAGAAUGUCUUUUUGGGCUCGAUAGUCCUCUUCGAAAUCGGAUCGGCCGUGUGUGGUGCGGCUCCCAACUCCAUCGCUUUGAUCAUUGGUCGAGCCAUCGCCGGGUUGGGAUCCUCGGGUAUCUUCACCGGAGGGAUGAUGGUCAUCGUCCCCUUGAUCCCUCUGCACAAGCGACCAAUCUACUAUGGCCUGUUUGGAGCCGUGUUCGGUAUCGCCUCCGUUCUAGGGCCGUUCUUGGGCGGAGCAUUCACCGACAACAUUUCGUGGAGGUGGUGUUUCUACAUCAAUUUGCCAAUCGGCGCCUUCACGAUCCUCUCGAUAGUACUGUUCUUACACAUCAAGCCACCUCCGUCUGAGAAGCUCAGCCUGGUCCGACAAGUGCUCCGGAUGGAUCCUUUGGGGACACUCAUAUUCGUUCCGAGCAUCGUAUGCUUGGUCCUCGCCCUGCAGUGGGGUGGCUCAAAGUACGCCUGGUCGAGCGGCAAGGUCAUCGGGCUCUUGGUGACGUGCGGAGUCUUGUUCCUGGCCUUCUGGGUCUUGCAGGCGCUCACACCGGCGACGGCGACGGUACCAAUGCGCAUCGCCACUCAACGCUCCGUCCUCGGGGGGGUCAUCUUCUUGUUUCUCUUGAACGGCAGCCUGUUCGCCAUCGUGUACUUUUUACCCAUCUGGUUCGAGGCAGUCAAGGAAGAAACUGCCAUCCACGCCGGCAUCAGUUUGUUUCCGCUCGUCAUUAGCUUGGUCAUCAUGACCAUCUUGGCGGGUGGCUUCACGCAACGUGUCGGGUACUACAUGCCUCCCAUACUCGUGUCUCCGAUCCUCACCACCGUAGGAGCGGCACUUUUAACACAGCUCAAGCCCUCCUCCGGCAGUUCCAAAUGGAUCGGUUACCAGAUCCUGUACGGUUUCGGCACGGGAAUGGCCAUGCAGACGGUCAACAUGGCCGCUCAGACCGUGCUCGAACGCAGCGACAUUAGCACUGGAAUGGCGUUGAAUUUCUUUGGUCAGAACCUCGGUGGUGCCAUUUUUGUUCCUGUGGCACAAAACAUCUUCCAGAAUCUACUCCAGGAAAAAUUGUCCGUCAUCCCUGGAGUCAAGGUGUCCAACCUCGAUAGUGCGGGAAUUUUGGAUCUGAAAAGUAUCGUCCCCAGUGCCCUGCUUCCUCAAGUCGAGUCGGCCUUCAACAGCAGCGUGACGAGAUGCAUCUUUGUCUCUGUCGCCUUGAGUGCCGCGUCGAUUCUGCCGGCCUUGAUCAUGGAGUGGAAGAACAUCAAGCAAGGAGCGGAGGCCAAAAAGGCGAAGAUGGUGGAAGAAGCAGCCUCCAAGGUGACCUCUUCUUCUUCCGAGGAUGAGUCUUCUUCCGUUGACGAAAAGGACAAUGUAGUCCUUCCCAAAAAUAACGAAAACAGGGGAUCUAGACUCAGAGCUGAAUAUUGGCGACAAUCGGAUGUCACGGUUAAUGUGAGAAAUGAUGAAGCCAGGGUGGCUCACGACAUCGAAGCCUAGAUCUUGGUGGUGGGACGUUAAUGAAAGGAAGAAGGAUAUGGGAUAUGUGAUGGAGUAUUUCAUUCGUUUUCUCUCACACGGCCGAAAGGGGGAGUUUUUGGGAGUUUCUUAGACGCUAGGUUAAUCUCUCAAGUCGUAUGCUUUCAAGCUGGAUAAGAAAAGGCAUAUAGCGAGACGGCCAAUACAUAUGGUUACUCUAUCAAAUUCGAGAGUCUUCCACCAUGAUUUUCUCUGCUCCAAGACUCUGAAACUGGCGAUGAAACCAGUCCUAUGACAAAGCCAACACUCAACUUCGGUUUCGUGCGGACUUGGAAUUGAAAAGGCUUUGUAGGAACAUUUAUUGGCCAUUGGAGAUUUGGUUCCAGAUCGCGUACUGAGAAUGCACCUAAUGCCAACUCUGAACUUGAAGACAGACUCUGCACGAGAAAUUGGAAGAACCUCUUUGACAAUUUAUGAAUAUAACAAAAAAAAUGGACUUAACGCUGAU